GUGCUUCAGUAGCGUGAACGCCAAGUAGUAACCGUUAGCGGUGCGAGGUACGUGGCAGAAAGCUCUCGAUAUGGAGGUAUCUGCUCUGGUGGCCUUGACUUUAAUACUGGGCGCACUAGUUAUUCUGGUCGCACUAGCGUUGAGCCAACGGAAGGAAGAAAUAAGAGAGGAAACAGAACAAGCAGCGGAGUUUGCCGCUGAAGGCAGUGUUGUCAAGGGCGCUGCAGCCAAGAAACAGAAGCAGGAGAAGCAGCGCAGCCGUAAAGAUAAAGCUUCACAGCACAGUUUCAGUCAUCAACUGCUGGCAUCCUCGCUGAAGGGCCACAGUGGGAAUGUGACGUGCCUUGAUUUCAGCAGUAAUGGGAAGUACCUGGCAUCUUGCUCUGAUGACCGCACCGUCAGGAUCUGGAGCACCAAAGACUUCUUGGACCGGGAACACAAGUGUCUUAGAGCCAAUGUGGAGCUGGAUCAUGCUACACUGGUCCGCUUCAGCCCGGACUCCAGGGCGUUUAUCACAUGGUUGGCUAAUGGAGAUGCCAUUCGAAUCUUCAAAAUGACCAAGAAGGAUGACGGCAGUUUAAGCUUCAAAGCUGCUGCUGACGACUUCCCACAGAAACACAAGGCCCCCAUCCUAAACAUUGGCAUUGCAGAGACAGGCAAGUUCAUCAUGAGUGCCUCCACUGACACCAGCAUUCACGUCUGGGACUUGAAAGGAGAGGUACUGGCCUCUAUCAACACUAACCAGAUAACCAAUUCUUAUGCUGCCAUCUCCCCAUGUGGCAGGUUUGUAGCAUCAUGUGGCUUCACCCCUGACGUAAAGGUGUGGGAGGUUUGCUUCGGGAAGGGAGGAGAGUUCAAAGAGGUGGCACGAGCUUUUGACCUGAAGGGCCACUCUGCAGGAGUUCAUGCAUUUGCCUUUUCCAAUGAUUCUCACAGAAUGGUGACUGUAUCCAAAGACGGUACAUGGAAGCUGUGGAACACAGAUGUGGAGUACAAAAAGCAGCAGGAUCCCUACCUCCUGAAGACUGUCCCCUGUGCGUCAUCUGAAGGUAGCAGGGUGGCCUUAUCUCCAGAUGGCCGGGUGGUGGCCAUCAGUGAUGGCUCUAACUUGGCUAUGUACAACGCUGCCACUGGCGAGCUAGAAGAAGAAAUGCAUGGCGUCCACAGUGAGGAGAUCAAUGACCUUAGAUUUGAUAUUAAUGGGCGCUUCUUGGUGUGCAGCGGCGACAAGGCCAUCCGAGUGUUUCACAAUGCCCCGGGCUACCGGGCAGCCAUCAGAGACAUGCAGGACAUGCUGAAGAAAGCCCAGAAUGAAGCCAUGAAGCAGAGAUUGCAGCAGCAGAUAAAAGAGGCUCAGAGUGCCCUGGACACUGUGCUGGCUGCUCCUGUCGACUGAAGAAUCCCUAAGGAACCACACUCUGAUUGUGAUAGUGUCGGACUCUGACUGCUGAUCUUUUUUGUAACCUCAACUCUCCCUCUGCCACUAAAUGAUCUGGAUGGGGAAAAUGAAAUUUGCAUGCAGUUUUAAUAAAGAAUAUCUUUUUAUGGAAAAAUAAAAUGGUUUAAGUUCA